AUGAGUUCGCACAGGACUACCGGCAACAACAGUGGGUCAAGCCGCCCCCACAAUGUCCAGCAGAACCUCCAGCAGGUUGCCACGCAAGCCACUGCCCUAGUUGGAUCCAGUACUCGCGGCGCCAACGGGCGCGGCGAUCCGGGGUGCAUCCCCCAGCGCACAACAUACGUCACGAGCGAUGCCAGGGACGCGUUCAACAAGGUACAGCAGAAGUAUGCUGCGCAGAUACUCGAUGGUCCUCAAGGUGAGUCGGCUCGAGCCAUGCAGCAGCCCCAGGUCGAUAGGAUCCAGGGCCUUUUUGACAAGGUCGACGUCAUAGUAGAGACGCCUCUCGGUCAGCUCCCUGAGGCUGGGCGUGGGGAGACGAUGGAAGAGCGGGGAAAGCUGGUCCUGGCAUAUGUUCGACAUAUCGAGGGGCUGAUGCAGGCUCUGUCCGAGACUCGUCGGAACUAG